UUCUAGAUCUAGAAAUUAUGAUUAGACCUGUUGUCUAACCAUACUGAAUUCAUUAAAGAUCUAAAUAUUCUGAAACAAGACAGAAAAUAAAAUAACCGUUAUUUAAAACAAUGGUGAAGUCAAGCCUUGCCCGUGGACUCCAGUCAUGCUUGGGCCAAAGCUGGAAGGAGGAUCCUUUUAAAGACUUUGUUGUGAUAGUUGAAGACACCGACUUUCACUGUCACAGGUUUAUAUUAAGUGCCUGCUCCAGUUUUUUUAAAUGUAUGUUCCAAUCUGACUUGAGAGAGAAACAAGAUGGCUGUACGACCCUACGUGAGAUGAGCAGUGAAACUUUUGAUGUUAUAAUCAACGCGAUUUACAGUGGAGUUGAUGGCUUGACUAAAGAUAAUGUGAUAGACGUCUGGCACGCUACUCACAUGUUGGAUAUACCUUUCCUUGUGCAAGAGUGUGAAGAAUUUGCGUGCAAAAAUAUGUGCCUCGAUAACUAUAUUGUUUUAUAUGAAACAGCGAAACUUUUAGAAUCAAAAUACGUUAUAAAUUUUGCAUUAAAGUUUAUGAAAGCCAAUUAUGAGCAUUUUGUAGAAACUGAAACAUUUCUGAAUGUUUCUUUUAACAUAAUUCUUUCUUCAAUUAUAGAUGAUUAUCUGGAAGUAACUUCCGAAAAUAUUGUUUUAGAAUCUAUAUUAACAUGGAUUAAUUAUGAGAAACAAAGCUUUCAAAACCUAAAAGAAAUUAAGACAGUGGUAACUGAUAAAGAUAAAGAAGAAAGUCAGACAAGUGAAAUCUCUUUUGACGAAUCUUGUAAAUCAGAACAGGCAACUACAGGCUUUGAUGCCCAAUUUGGUUCUCCAAAUGUAAAUAAUAGUUCUAACAUGAAACGUGUGAAAGUAUCAACAAAACAGAUUUCCAGGCAUGCUAAGAGAGAUCGAUUUCUAAGAGAAGAAACAACAGAGGAAGAAAAGAAAGAUCAGCUUGUGAAGCUUUUGUCAGCUGCUAGGACUACAUUGGCGACACGAGAUUACUUAGACAAAUUGAUGGAACAUCCGUUAAUUUUAUCAAGUCCUGAAGCAUUCAAGAUUAUUCAUGACUCGCUGAUGAGCAUUUGGAACUCUUCAUCCACUAACGCAAUCAAAGACUACAGACUCAGUAGUUCUUCUAGAAGUGUCAUGGCAUUUGUAUCUAAAAACGAAGUAAAAUUGUUUUCAUUUAAUGAUGAAAAUAUAUACUCUCUUGGUAAUAUUAGUGACCAUGUGAUAGACACUUCGUGUGGAAUUGCAUCACUUAAUUCAGCAUUUUUCUAUUUUUACAACGAACCAAAUGAGAUUAUGUCAUCUAAUAAGCGUAGCUGGUCCACUAUCUCACGCCCACGCCACAUAUUGACAAAACUGAAUGACAGUCCCACAGCACCAACAACAAUAGUUUGUCAGAAAGAUAAAGACUCAAACAAUAAUACGUUGGUACCUUUUCACAACAGUAUCUUUUUGUUGUUAUGUUCAGAAUGUAAUAUUUCAAGUAUAGACUCAUCAAGUCAAUUAGUUACUUUAAAACUAACUAAAGUUCCAAAAAGAGCGAUUGUGUAUGAAGACAAUAUAAUAAUAAUAUAUAAUUCCGUAGAAGUUGAUUGUUACAACGUCACUACUAAACAUUUUGAGCAGUACACUUUUGACGAAAUUAGUAUCGACUUCGUUUCAUUCUUCAAAGGCAAGGAUCUUUUUAUUCUUCAGGGUAAUGGUGUCUUAAGAAAAGUUGACAAAAACAUUAGGUCAAAGAUAGAGCUUAAAGUACUCACAAAACUUUGGGAUGGAGAUAUUUCACUUACUGGAGCUGCUUACUUUAGAAACAAUCUCAUUCUUUUUUCUAAACAAAAAUACAAGACAGAAAUCUCCCCGUUGCCUGGGUUGUUUGAAAAUAUCCGGUUAAUAACAAUAGUAAGUGAGACAAACUUGACCCCUAUGGUGGUACCAGACUCUUGGUUAGAAACGAAUGUAGAAUGAAACAGAAGUUACAAGUAAAAGAGAAGUUUAUACAAUUGUCUUAAGAGUGAAGUUUCUAAAAUAACGAUAAUUUGAGUAUCGGUUCAGUUAACGGACGAUAUUUUAAACAUAUGUAAACGGUCUUGUUUUCUUGAUUCUCUAAAA